AGACGAAGAAUAACGCAACCGUCGCCUCCACUGAUGUGGGACCGUGGGAAGCCACAGCCAGCGCCUGCGCAGUUCCUUUUAUUGAACUCAUGAAUGUUUUUUGAAAGUUAUUUUGGUGCCAUAUCACCACCGUCGCUCCAAUACCAAACCAACCAGUUCAUCAUCAACUACUCACCCAGCACGUGUUCCCACUUGUUUUUUUAUUUCGUGAAAUAAAAUAUUGAAACCCCAUCUCAAACCUCUGCAGAUAUAAAACUUUUACAGAAUUUCUAUACUAAAGUCUAGUCUUUUCCAAAAUUGAUUACAACAGAAACAGAGGAAACAGUGAGGUUUAGAAAUGGCCACUGCACCUCACACUUAUAAGUCACUUGAUGGUAUCUCGAGGAGCGAUAUCGAAGCCCUGGGAAUACCCUCGAAACUUGCUGACCAACUUCACCAGAAGCUCACCGAGAUCAUCGUUAAUUAUGGGGCUGCCACGUCCGACACGUGGCGGAACAUCUAUAGACACAUCCUUAAUCCCGAACUUCCCUUCUCUUUUCAUCAGAUGCUCUACUAUGGUUGCUACAAGGACUUUGGACCCGACCCGCCUGCUUGGUUGCCCCACCCGGAGGCUGCAAAUUUAACAAAUGUUGGGCAGUUAUUAGAGAGGCGUGGAAAAGAGCUUUUGGGGUCAAGAUACAAGGAUCCCAUAUCCAGUUUUUCUGAUUUUCAGGAAUUCUCAGUCUCAAACCCUGAGGUGUAUUGGAAAACUGUUCUAGAUGAAAUGAAUAUAUCGUUUUCAGUACCUCCCCAGUGUAUUUUACGUGAGAAUGCAUAUGGGGUGGCAAACCCAGGUGGGCAAUGGCUUCCAGGAGCAUAUUUGAAUCCUGCAAAAAAUUGCUUGAGUUUAAAAAGUGGUAGAAGUUUGGAUGACAUUGUGAUUAGAUGGCGUGAUGAAGGAGAUGACAAUUUGCCUGUAAAGAGCAUGAAUCUCAAGGAAUUGCGUACAGAGGUUUGGUUAGUUGCAUAUGCACUCAAUGCACUGGGGUUGGAGAAGGGAUCUGCAAUUGCAAUUGAUAUGCCAAUGAAUGUCAAUGCUGUGGUUAUCUACCUAGCAAUUGUUCUGGCAGGAUACAUGGUUGUAUCCAUUGCUGAUAGUUUUGCAGCACUUGAAAUAUCAACAAGACUCAAAAUAUCAGAAGCUAAAGCCAUAUUUACUCAGGAUGUAAUCAUUCGUGGUGUCAAAAGUAUACCGCUGUAUAGUAGAAUUGUGGAUGCCCAAGCACCUAUGGCUAUUGUUAUUCCAGCCAGAGGCCCUGGUGGCAGUAUGAGAUUGCGUGAUGGUGACAUUUCUUGGCAUGAUUUUCUUGGAAAAGUCAGAAAUUUCAAAGAAUAUGAAUUUGCAGCUGUUGAACAAUCAGUAGAAGCAUUUACAAAUAUCCUUUUCUCAUCUGGAACCACAGGGGAUCCAAAAGCAAUUCCAUGGACCAAUGCAACUCCUCUGAAAGCUGCUGCAGAUGCAUGGUGCCACAUGGAUAUCCGUAAAGGGGAUAUUGUUGCUUGGCCAACUAACCUGGGGUGGAUGAUGGGUCCUUGGUUGGUGUAUGCAUCAUUGUUAAAUGGAGCUUCAAUAGCUUUAUAUAAUGGAUCCCCCCUUGGGUCUGGCUUUGCUAAGUUUGUACAGGAUGCUAAAGUAACAAUGCUUGGUGUUAUCCCUAGUAUUGUUCGGACAUGGAAAAGUGGGAAUUCUGUAGCCGGCUAUGAUUGGUCUGCCAUUCGGUGCUUUGCCUCCACUGGAGAAGCUUCUAAUGUGGAUGAGUACUUAUGGCUGAUGGGGAGAGCUUGUUACAAACCUGUCAUUGAAUAUUGUGGUGGUACCGAGAUUGGUGGUGGAUUUGUUUCUGGAUCAUUAUUGCAAGCUCAAUCAUUGGCUGCUUUUAGUACACCAGCUAUGGGCUGCAAGUUGUUUAUUCUUGGAGAUGACGGUGUUCCUAUACCUCAAAAUGCACCAGGGAUGGGUGAAUUGGCGCUUGGUCCUCUCAUGUUUGGUGCUUCAAGUAAACUCCUGAAUGCUAAUCACUAUGAUGUCUACUUUAAGGGAAUGCCUUCUUGGAAUGGACAGAUUCUGCGAAGGCACGGGGAUGUGUUUGAGCGCACUUCUAGAGGAAAUUAUCGUGCACAUGGCCGUGCAGAUGAUACCAUGAAUCUUGGGGGCAUAAAGGUUAGUUCGGUUGAGAUUGAGCGCAUCUGUAAUACAGUUGAUAGCAACGUCCUUGAAACAGCAGCCAUUGGGAUGCCACCACCAACUGGUGGACCUGAACGACUCAUAAUUGCCGUUGUAUUCAAAGAUUCAAGCAACUCACCACCGGACUUGAAUCAACUGAGGAUGUCUUUCAAUUCAGCAGUGCAAAAGAAACUAAAUCCUUUGUUCAGGGUCUCUCAUGUCGUUCCCGUUCCAUCCCUUCCAAGGACGGCGACAAAUAAGGUGAUGAGAAGGGUGUUGAGGAAGCAACUUGCUCACAACAAUUCUAAACUAUGAUGAAUGGAUACUUGCAACAAGCGGAGUUGAAGAGUUGAAGUUACGCGCAUACACACUUUCAUGUAUUUGCUUGCCGUUGUUUUCGUAUGUUUGAUUAAUUGAUGUUAUGAUCCAUAUAAGGCGCAGUAAUUUUUAUGUCGCUAUUGUAGAAGUUAAUGUACAAGUAACCAUACAAUACAUUUAACAAACAUCAUCUUGAGUGUUGCAGGAAAUUAUGUUCGGAGAAAUAAAAUGAGUUACAUAAUUCCCAUCAA